UACAGCGUUUGCGGUUCCUGACGGAAGAAAGAAACUUUUCCCUUAUCAAGAUCCUUCGAACGUUUCCCGGUUUGUUUACGUUUGCCGGUCAAGAUAGCUCAUGUUCCGGUAGUACCAGUAGCAGCUGGGAUAAAACAGAAUACGACUCUUUCCAAGCGAAAAAACUCACCUCACACGACGAUGAUGCACUAAGCUCGAUAUCCGGCUCAUCCUCGUCAUCGCUGCGUGGUGAAUACCUCUCUCAAAGAGGGAAAACGCUUGGAACAGAAGACAACAGCGGCAUUGAGGUGGAUUUAUUAAGUUCCGAGCCAGAAGAUUUCGACGAAAGUGGACAUCUUUUUCACAUGGACAUUAUAAAAAACAGUUUGAGUGACAUUUCCCUAUCCUCGUCCAGUAAAACUAUUUCCGGCAAAGCAAAGAGCACGCAGAAUAUGUCGUUUACAAAGGACCGUGUACGUGAAAUCGAAAGACACAAUCAGCUCUUGCUGCAAAGGAUUAUGACUUCAAAACCAACCUUGAAAACCAUGCCAAAGUCAAAUGCGGGGCCAAUCAGCACGCCGGUAACUAAUUCUUCUCGUACUACAAGUGCAGCUGUCAACCGCAAGAAGAAGCAACGCCAAAUCGACAUCGCAAAUCAGGUUUUGCGAAAGAAGCUAGAGAAAAUUGAACGAUCUCGGCGAAUCGCAUGGUGAGGAGAUCGGUUCCUGCAGAUUUGUGUUUUUCAUUUGCUGAGAAUUUAUUUCAGAUAAGUUUUUAAGACGAUCAUUCCAUCACUUUGUGGUUUGAAUUAUCAUAAAACAAUCAAAAUUUCUAUAAUA